ACUUACCGCCACCAGCCAUCUGAGAAGGAGGAGCGUUCCCGGUAGCCAUCUUGGAUGUGCGGGCUGAUUAUUGUUUGGCGACGACUACUGACAGUUUGGGGGGCAAACUUAAGUUUCCAAACAUUGACCAAUGCGGGGAUGCCGAGGAACGGAAUCGUCGCACGGACACCUCCAGUGAAGGACGAUGUGAAGACGGCGUCGUAAUCGUCAGUCAUGGCCGACAAAAGGAAGCUGCAAGGUGAAAUCGAAAGAUGUCUGAAGAAAGUAGCGGAAGGAGUGGAGCAGUUUGAAGACAUCUGGCAAAAGCUUCACAAUGCGGCCAACGCCAACCAGAAGGAGAAGUCCGAAGCCGACCUUAAGAAGGAGAUCAAGAAGCUGCAGCGACUUCGGGACCAGAUCAAGACGUGGUUGGCGUCCAGCGAGAUCAAAGACAAGCGGCAGCUGGCGGAGAACCGCAAGCUCGUCGAAACGCAAAUGGAGCGUUUCAAGGCCGUGGAGCGAGAAACCAAGACCAAGGCGUACUCCAAAGAGGGUCUGGGUCUGGCCCAGAAAGUGGACCCGGCCCAGAAGGAGAAGGAGGACGUCGGCACGUGGUUGACGAACACGAUAGACACGCUCAACAUGCAGGUGGACCAGUUUGAGAGCGAGGUGGAGUCCCUGUCGGUCCAGACCAGGAAAAAGAAAGCAGACAAGGAGAAGCAGGACCGCAUCGAGGACUUGAAGAACUUCAUCGAGAAGCAUCGCUUCCACAUCCGGAUGCUGGAGACCGUCCUGAGGAUGUUGGACAACGACUCGGUGCAGGUGGACUCCGUCAGGAAGAUCAAGGAUGACGUGGAGUACUACCUGGACUCGUCCCAGGAUCCGGACUUCGAGGAGAACGAGUUCCUGUACGACGACCUCGACCUGGAGGACAUUCGUAAGGAGACGUUCGCGUGGAAGAAGUUUCCGGGCCCUGACGCUGAUCUCGUCGCUUGCUUCCUCGGUUCAGCCGCGUCGCUGGUGGCCUCCACCCCGCCCGGGCACUCCCACCCGGAGGACGAGAUCUUCCAACACUCCGGCAGCACGCCCGCCUCCACGACCUCAUCCUCGCCCGUCCCGCCCUCGCCCGUCCCGCCCUCGCCCGCCAACUGCACUGCGGAGAACUCGCAAGACGACAAGAAGCGAGGUCGCUCGACCGACGGGGAAGUCGGCCGGUCUCCUGUGAAGGAAGGCAACCCCUCCCCCUCCUCCUCCUCCUCUUCAGCGCUGACUUCUUCCCGCUUGGUCUCCAUGGCGACCAUAGUUAGCGGCGGCCCGGCCAACGCGUCGCCCGGAAGCUACAGCGGAGCCACCCGGCAGCCGCCCUCCCAGGCGUCGCACCAUCAGCAGGGCAAAGCCUCGGUCACCUCCUCCACGUCAGGGACGCCCGCGGCACAGACCGCCAAGUCUGCCGACACCCACCUUGCCCCGACUUCCUCGUCGCCCCCCAAAAGCGACGCCCCGGGAUUCUUUGCGUCCGGUACGCCGUCGCCCGGCUCCAAAAGUCCGUCGCUAGGAAAUAACGCCGCCUUGGCGAGCAGCAUGAAUGCCGGACUCGGCCUUUCGGGGAUGCCGGCGUCCCUGAGCACCAUGACCGGCCUUCUGUCCAGCUCCACCCCGGCGCCGUACGCCCGGGCCGCCGGGGCGUCAGUCGCGGUCGGCGGGCCCACAUCCUCCGCAGGCGAACUGCCGGGCUUUGGGAUUUUGGGUCAGACGUCCACCCCGUCGGGACUGCAGGGGUCCUCGGCGGUGGCGCAAAGUCAAACGGGAGUCGUCGGGAGCAACGGCGGCUCUGGAUCCGCCGCCGGGCUCUCUGUGGGGGCGCCCGGCCGACAGAAGCAAAACGGACCCGGCAGCGAGCGCCUGAUGUUUGACAACGUUGGAGAUUCUUUCCCGCUCGGCAAAAAGGACACAAAGCAGAUGUUUGUGUUUGGUGUUGCCGCAGGUUACAGCGCUGCGCUGACAGAGUUCGCCACAGACUCCUCCCCCAGCAGUGUCAGCCAAUCACAAAGCUGGCAAUCCUUGUCACUGACCUCAACAGCCAAUCAGCUUAAGGACCCAGCCCCCAGCUUACUGGCCUCCAUCACGUUGUCGCCGUCGUCCUUCGGCGAGGGCAAGCCGGGGAACAGCGGCGCCGUUCUGCUCAACGGUCCGCUGUCCUACCCCUCGCCCUCAGACGGCAGCAAGGCCCAGGAGUCCCUCAGCAGCCUGAAGUCCACGGCGGACCGAGCCGUGGACGGCGACGUGACGUCUCUGCACCUCAACACAGAACCGUUCCCCAUCGCGCCGCCCCCGUCGUCGAGCGCCCCGUCGUCCUCGGAGGCGAGCAUCCCGCCCUCGCUGGGCGUGUGCCCCCUGGGGUCCUCGCCGCUGUCCAAGGAGCAGCUGUACCAGCGGGCCUUGGAGGAGGCCGUGUGGAGCCACAUGCCGCACCCGUCCGACUCCGAGAGGAUCAGGCAGUACUUGAUGAGGAACCCGUGCCCCGCGCUGCCGUUCCACCACCGGGCGCCGCCGGCCCACUCGGACUCGCUGGACUUCUACCAGCGGCUCUCCACGGAGACGCUCUUCUUUAUCUUCUACUACCUGGAGGGCACGAAGGCUCAGUACCUGGCGGCCAAAGCGCUGAAGAAGCAGUCGUGGAGGUUCCACACCAAAUACAUGAUGUGGUUCCAGAGGCACGAGGAGCCCAAAACCAUCACGGACGACUUCGAGCAGGGUACGUACAUUUACUUUGACUACGAGAAGUGGGGCCAGCGCAAGAAGGAGGGCUUCACCUUCGAGUAUCGCCACCUGGAGGACCGCGACCUCCAGUGACCUCCUCCUCGCUUUCUUCGGGCUGGGAUGCUUCACUUCCUCUUCUUUUUUUUUUUUUUUUUUCUUGCUACCGUCAUGGAUUUAUUAUUAUCAUUUUUUUGUUGUUGUUAUUUUUCCCCCCUCUGUGAAAUCUUCUACUCUUGUCUUGGAACACCAAAGAUGAUUGGCUCAUCUCCUACACCCCCCCCCCCCCAAAAAAAAAUAAUUUCUUGUACAAGUAGGGCUGCACCGAAGGCUGAAACGGGCCUCGAGCUAAAAAUCAAAUUUUUUUUUUUACAUUUUUUUAAAAACUUUUUUUCACGAGCAUUUAUUCCUUAUCCUCCACAUCCAAGUUAAGGUCCAUGUACUAGUACACACGUUGUCCUCACUAGAAGACAAUUAAUUUCAUAUUCCUAUCAUUUUUCCUAUAACUGCCUUCCUCACCUGUGCUUUUGCGCACUAGUAGCACAAUUUACGCAUACUAGUACGACCGAUACAAAACUGCACCCUUCAAGUAGUGACAUACUAGAUGUUAACUAAUUGAUAUUUUUGAUGACACUAAUAGUACUAGUAGCAUCCAGUUUAACCAUCCAUUUUUUUUGCCGCUUAUCCUCACGAGGGUCGCAGGGAGUGCAGGGGCCUAUCCCGGCCGUCAACGGGCAGGAGGCGGGGUGCACCCUGAACCGGUCGCCAGCCAAUCGCAGGGCGCAUCGAGACAAACACUCGCACUCACAAUCACCAAUUUAGAGUGUCUAAUUAAUGCCAGGUAAACUAGUGUCAUUUUUUUUUCAUUUACUAGUAAAACAAAAUCAUUCUCCAAAUAUCUGAAUUGUCUUAUGAAGGCAAAACGCAUGCUAGUUCACAACUGUGCUUGAAAUACUACGAGUGGAGGUAUUAACUAGUAUGUGUAUAUAUAUAUUUUUUUUUUACAUCACGUCACUAGUAGUUUUACGCACUUGGUUUAGGUUUUGAAUCACUAGCAAUACGUAGUACUACUCGUGUACAGAAAUGUUGUAUGCUUGUGGGGAAAACAACACCGGUGAGACAUCCCACCAUUACUAGUAGUAGUAGGAGUAGUAUCUACCACAUUGGUGUCAAACUCAAGGCCCGGGGGGCCAGGUCUGGCCCGCUAUAUGAUACUAUGUGGCCCGCGAAGCCAAAUCUAGAGUGUCAACUUCCGUUUUUAUUUAUAAUAAUUUGUAUCAAAAUUUCAAAUGGUCAUAUAUCAUAAAUGGCAGCACGGUGGAUCAGUUGGUAAAGCGUUGGCCUCACAGUUCUAAGGUCCCGAGUUCAAUCCCGGAAACACCUGUGUGGAGUUUGCAUGUUCUCCUCGUGCAUGUGUGGGUUUUCUCCUGGUGGGCAAUCCGGUCCCCCCCCCCCCCCCACAUCCCAAAAACAUGCAAGAUUAAUUGGGCGCUCUAAAUUGUCCAUAGGUGUGACUGUGAGUGCGGCAGUUUGUCUCGAUGUGCCCUGCGAUUGACUGGCGACCAGUUCAGCGUGUACCCCUGCCUCCUCCCCCUUGUCAACUGCGAUAGGCUCCGGCACUCCCCGCGAUCCUCGUGUGGAUAAGCAGCAAAGUGUGUAUUAGAGUGUAUUAGGACAUGGUCCUUGUGCUGGUUUUCAAGAAAAUGGAAUAAAUGCACAAAUGACUUUGCAUAUUUUUUCCCCUCUUGUGCGUCUGCGACGUCGAAGGUGCAAACAAAGACAAAAGUUUGGAGGCCCCGGGAAGGUGCCAGGUGCCCACCGGGGCCCCCCCCCGCCCCAUCCCGUCCGCCGUUUUCCUCCUCGUCUCAGGAAGUGUCUGAUGGCUCAAAUGAGGGAAUAAACG